AUGCUUAGAGAAAACUCUAGGCAUACUGCAACUAGUAAAGGCUGCAACAGCGUUUCUAAGUUGUCGCUAGUUGUUGUAAACCUAGGUCUCAAUUCAAUCUAUAAACACGUAUCGUACUGUGAAUGUUGUAUUUAUAAUGUGUGUGUUUGUGAUUUUACGGCACAUAUUUUAACAUUGUUAGCAACAAAAAAUCAUGGAUUUAUAAUGCAAAAGAGAUGA